AUGGAGGAAGGUCAAGAAAAGGUGGAAGAAUCUCAGAACAGUAGAACACCAUUUGUCACCACCUUCCAUCCCAGGAACCUGGUUGCCGGGAAAAUCAUUCGUCGAAACCUUCCAGACCAAUUACCAGGUACUUUUCCUUGUAACAGGACAAGUUGCCGCACAUGUUCCCAUGUCAAUUCAUCAUCCACAAUUACAACACCCAAAGGGCAUGUUAACAUCACGGGACAUUUUUCCUGUAUCACUUAUAACGUGGUUUAUUGUCUGUCGUGCUCCAAAUGUCCAUCGAUAGUGUACAUUGGAGAGACUGGAAGAAGGUUGGCGGACCGCUUUAGAGAGCACCGCAGGGAUGUCAUCAACGGGAGAAAUGACCUUCCUGUAUCUGCCCAUUUCAACCAAGCCAAUCAUACACUGGAGGACAUGAAGGUUGCGGUGUUGAAGGCAGGCCUAGCCAACCAGGAAUACCGCAGGAGGCAGGAGACUCUUUUGAUUUGCAAAUAUGGAACUGUGGCUCCGAGCGGCCUUAAUUUGAGACUUUGA